ACUUCACACAGCCAUGCCGUUCGCCAGCCAGCCCGUGGUACAAAUUCUCGAGCUGACCCCCGACAACGUCCGCUUCGUCCUCUCCAAGACCGAGCUCAGUGUGGCAAACAGCCUCCGCCGCGUGUGCAUUGCCGAGGUGCCGACGAUGGCGAUCGACCUGGUCCAGUUUGACGAGAACUCGUCUGUGCUGCACGACGAGUUUGUCGCGCACCGCUUGGGACUGCUGCCCCUUGCAUCGGAGACUGCAGGCGAGUUUGACUACCUGGCCGAGUGCGACUGCGACGGCGGUUGCAACCGAUGCACCGUGUCGCUCACCCUCGAGGCCGAAGGCCCUUGCUCUGUCGUCGCGCGCGACUUGCGAAGCUCGGACGAGUCGGUGGUGCCAAUCUCGCAGCGCGACGCGUCAGGCUCAGAGCAGCACGAUGUUGUUCUAGUCAAGCUGGGCGCAGGACAGCGCAUCAAGCUCACAGCUAUCGCCAAGAAGGGCAUUGGCAAGGAGCACGCAAAGUGGAACCCGACCUGCGGCGUAUCGAUGGAGUACGAUCCAGACAACAAGCUCCGACACACGACCUACUACGACCCUCAGAACUGGCCACAAUCACACCUGUCAGAGCUGCCCGCGGGCCAGUGCGAAGCCCCCUUCGACAUUAAUGCAAAGGCAGACAAAUUCUGGCUCAACGUCGAGGCGUCGGGCGUCAUCCCGCCCGCCGAUAUCGUCCUGAACGCCAUCAGCGUACUCAAACAAAAGCUUAAGACCCUUGCCGAUGCAUUCUCAACAGAGGUGAGCCAACAAAGCGAUUGGACACAACCCCAACACCAGCCAUAAGCGCAUCAUCACAAGUCGUCUCGAGGCGAGCAGCUCAAACCUAUCGGUGUUUGAGCUGCUGUGGUUGAACGCGAUGUAUGUGCGUGGGCUUUUGGCUGAUGGAUGUAAUGUUAGCAUAUUGUUGUUUGUUGGUGUACAAAAAAAAAAAAGUAUAAACAAUCCCAAA